GCCGCCCCCGGGUGCUUUCGACCAAAACGGCCUUCUUCAUCCAAUUCCACCGGCCCUUGUCGUCGGUCCGGCUUCAUCGCCCUCCGCAAGCUCCCCCGCGAUCACGAUGAACGAGCGCGACUUUGCCCGGGCAUCCCGGGGACCGAAGAGAACUCUACCUCGAGCCCCCCGGCCAGGUCUUCUAGUUCUCCCGCCCCGGCGUCUCCGAUAUCUCCUCUCGCGACUAGUCAACAUGCGUCAACGCCGAGUCUCCUCCCCUCUCGCGAUUCGCCCAGGAGCUCCUCCACCGCAUCCCACCUCAACCAAAUCAACGCCAUUCGCCAAAAAGCUGGCACCCCGCCUCGCGUGCAGCCAUCCAUGAGUUCGCAAGCGGCUGGAGGCCUCAACCAGGAUAUCAUGGCUAAGAUGAAGGCAUUUUCCCUCUCCCGCCAGGGAGUUCCUCAUGUAGCGUCCACGGGGACAAUCCCCACGGCCAAUGAGGCCGGAGCAGGUGGUGCUCUGGCCGGUCGCCUGCCGCCAGCUCCGCGCCCGAACACCAAAAACUGGGCUUCGUCACCGUCGGUGCCUGCCGCGUCCAGUCCCGUCUCGCAGCGGCCGGGCGGGCUGGCUGCUAAGCGGAUGAAGCCGGGAUUAAAGCUUUCCGAUGUGACAGGGAGUCCGUCUCCCGCAAAUGGUGCCCAGCAGACCCCGCAGGAACAGAACGGAGAAGAAUCAGCAUUCAGCAAAUACUCCGAGUUUAUCGAUACCAAAUCCGGCACUUUGAACUUCAAGAAUAAAGCGAUUUUGCAUGGGGGAGGAGUUGAGUUUUCAUCGGGACACAGCUUCAAGAUUUCGUUGGAUGAGGUGGAUCGACUGGAUGAGCUGGGUAAGGGCAAUUACGGUACUGUGUAUAAGGUGCGACAUAGCAGGCCGCAACUCCGAAAGCCCGGCAUGGGUUUAAGUGGUAUUGUUAGUCGAAGCAAAGAUGACAAGAGCUCUGAUUCAUCACCCGACCAGUUGUCGGGUGUUAUUAUGGCGAUGAAGGAAAUUCGCCUGGAGUUGGACGAGAGCAAAUUUGCCCAGAUCAUCAUGGAACUGGACAUUUUGCACCGUUGCGUGUCCCCAUUCAUCAUUGAUUUCUACGGCGCAUUCUUCCAAGAAGGUGCGGUUUACAUGUGUGUGGAGUUCAUGGAUGGAGGAUCGAUCGACAAGAUCUACACGGGCGGAGUCCCGGAGAACAUCUUGCGCAAGAUGACUUUGUCCACCGUGAUGGGCUUGAAAGCACUCAAGGACGAGCACAACAUCAUUCACCGUGAUGUGAAGCCCACCAAUAUUCUGGCUAAUAGCAAGGGUCAGAUCAAGAUCUGUGACUUUGGAGUCAGUGGAAACCUGGUCGCGAGUAUCGCCAAGACGAACAUUGGGUGCCAGAGCUACAUGGCCCCUGAACGAAUUGCUGGCGGUGGAAUGCAGCAGUCAGGUGCGCCCAGCGCUGGUACUUACAGUAUCCAAAGCGAUAUCUGGAGUCUCGGUCUAUCAAUAAUUGAAUGUUCUAUGGGGCGAUAUCCAUACCCGCCGGAGACUUUUACCAACAUCUUCAGCCAGUUACAUGCUAUCGUUCAUGGCGAUCCGCCUACUUUGCCAGAAACUGGCUACUCCGAAGAAGCGCACGCCUUCGUCCGAGCUUGUCUGGACAAGAACCCCAAGAACCGACCAACUUACAAUAUGCUUCUUCGCCACCCAUGGCUAGCACCGCUCAUGCAGCCGCCAACAGAAGCCAAUGGCGAUGUAGCAGCUCCAGAGGCUCCUGCUCCUGGAGAGCCCAUCUCACCAUCCGUGACCGAAGAUAAGGAAGUCGCCGACUGGGUCAACAAGCAACUCGAGCUCCGCAACAAUGGCCUUCUCAAGGACUCCGAAAAGCCCGCGUUGCACGCUGUAGCUUUGGACAAGGUCAAAAAUAGCCCCAUCAAUGACGACACCUCAACCCCGGCCCUGGAGGGUUGA